AUGUUAGCAUCCCCACUUCCAAUUCCAUGGAAAGAUGUGAAUCACCAUGGAUUGCAUGGAGUGGUUGAGCUUUACAGUUCUGACUUUCGAGAGAAGAAAAUGGAGGAGAUAUACGUGCGGGAUGUUAUCGCGAUCGUGAACAACAAAGUGCAAAACAGUUCGUCAAACGGGAAAAUCUUGCGGGAGGUGAAUCAACUCCUUUUGCACGGUGUGCGGAUCAACAAGAACUACCCUUUGAAGAAUAUUAUUCCUGAACUGACAGGAAGCGCUCCACGGCUUGUUGCGACAGCACAAGUACGAGUAAAAGGAAGACAUGCCACUGCCAUGACAGUAUUUGUCAUAACUUUGAGUGGCAAGACAAUUACCAUCAACUGCUUGUCGACGGACACUGUGAACUACGUCAAGAUGAAAAUUGAAGACAAGGAGAGUAUUGCACCGGAAGUCCAGCGUUUGGUGUAUGCCGGCAAAUUACUCAAUGAUCAAGUCAUGCUGUCGUCUUACAACAUUAAAGGAGGAAAUACGCUCCACUUAUCGCUGCGAAUUCGUGGUGGAAGUAUUGGCCACAGUCCUGUCUUUCGAACCUUUGUAGACGUCUCGAAUAACUCACUCAUUACUGCGCGUGAGUUUUCCCCCGAUGCCCCAAAAUGGCGCCUCGUCAGUAAAGGGCUUAACAUUGAAGGACUUUGUAGAAAUCGUGAGUGCCUUGCUUAUCGUGAGAUGGUCAUCCAUUGCAAGAAGUUUGUGCCGUUCAAUCUUAUGCGAGAUGACGAUAUCGAGUGUCCAAUUUGUCACUGCGAAGUGAGACCUGUUACUUGUGGGUUCUAUGGUUGCGCCUGGCGUUUUGAAGGUGUGACUGGAAGCGUAAACCUCUCUAUCUCCUCCCAGUGGAACGAUGCUAGUGGACAUGUAUACCAUUGGUUUGACCCAGACAAGGUCAAUGGGUCCGUCGAAUGGGCGAGUCUGCUGAUUCUGACAAAGCCAAGACAAGAAAUGAAAGCUGCACAGCUAUGUUUGACAGUACCCACUACUUUUAAGAGUAGCGACACGUGCACAAUCUGCUGGUCCUCUUUCAGCUCACCAACGAAGUGUUUGACUCCGCAUUGUGGUCACACUUUUCAUCGUGAAUGCUCGAAAGAGUGGGCCAAGUGGUGCAAGCACCGCAAAACUCAACCGAGCUGCCCAAUAUGUCGCAAAACGAAUUGA